AUGGAAGGCCCUUUAUCGAAAUGGACCAAUAUGGUUCAUGGCUGGCAGUAUCGGUGGUUUCGUCUUGAAGAAGAUGCAUUGCUAUACUACACAUCCAGAGAAAAAAUGCUUAAAGGCCAACAACGAGGCAUUGAUGGCGAAAAUAACAGCCUUUUCACAAUCACUGUCGAUGGAAAGGUUUUCCAUUUGCAG